AUGGCGUCUGGCUCUUUUUCUUUUGCAUUCUUUGAUUCUUCUAGUCCUUAUUACCUUCAUCACGGGGACAGUCCCGGCUCCGUUCUUGUUUCUCAACUUCUCCAAGGAGACAAUUAUCACACUUGGAGCCGCUCGAUGAUCAUGGCUUUAACAGCCAAGAAUAAGCUCAAAUUUGUCGAUGGAUCACUGAAGAAACCAUCUACUGAGCUUGAAGAUGAAUUUCACGCGUGGAAUCGCAGUACUAAUAUGGUGUUAUCCUGGAUCUUGAAUUCUGUAUCCAAGGAUAUUGCGACGAGUGUGAUCUACAUCAAUUCGGCUGAAGAAAUGUGGACCGAUUUAAAGGAUCGUUUUUCACAGAAGAACGGGCCUCGGAUUUUUCAAUUGCAGAAGGCAAUUUCUUCUCACUCGCAACAGAACGUCUUUGUCAGUGAGUAUUAUACUCGACUCAAGGGGCUUUGGGAUGAAUUGACCAAUUACAGGCCAAUUCCACAGUGUUCCUAUGAUACUCCAAAAAUUCUUGCUAAUCAUUAUCAUCAAGAGGAAAGGCAACGCGUGAUUUCUGUUAAUCCUAUUCAAGUUGAAACUGCUACACUGCUGACGAAGACUGCUUCACAGUACCAGAAUCAGCCGAAUCGUAUUGGUAAACCACCGUUUCGCAAAGAAAGACCUGCAUGUACUCACUGUGGUUUACUCGGUCACACAAUGGAGAAAUGUUACAAGCUCCAUGGUUAUCCCCUAGGGUACACAUUCAACAAGAACAAGCUGAAUUCUUCUUCAGCUAAUCAAGUUCAAGAAGCUGAUCAACCUUUCCAGGUUCCUCAGCUGUCUAUAUCUCAAGAGCAGAUUCAACAGCUGCUGGCUCUAAUCAAGCAGUCCACUUCCAAUUCAGUUGCUGAAGUUUCAUCACCUUCAGCACAUCAAGUCGUCAACUCUCAGGACCAUUUGUUUUCUAAUAUGGGAGGUAAUGGUUCUCAUUCUAUUCCUUUUUCUUUUGCUUCUUUCCUUUCGAAAUUGAAGCAUUCUAUGGUUAAUUCUGUAAUUUCCUCUGCUUCUGUUUCUGUUUCUUUGGAUAUGAAGCAUUCCGUGUUUUCAACUUCACAUUUACCUCCGCAUAUUUCAUCUAUUAAUCUUCAUUCUUGGAUUAUCGAUACUGGUGCUACUGAUCAUAUGAUCAGUACAGUAUCAUUAUUCACUUCAAUUACUGCAACCAUUUCUUCUUGUGUAAAAUUACCAAAUGGCAAUUUUGCCAUGGUUACUCAUAUCGGUACAGUUAAGCUUUCUAGUUUGUUAGAUUGGAUGACGAUUGGAGUGGGUAGACAGCACGGUGGUCUCUUCUAUUUGAUGCAUAAACCACGUUUACAUUCUGCACAGGUUUACUCUGCUUCAAUAAAGAAUACUUCUAAUGACAUAUGGCAUUAUAGGCUAGUUUGCCCUCUAGCAAAACAGCAUAAGCUUCCUUUUCCAUCUAGUAUUUCUGUUUCACAGGCCUCAUUUGAUCUGAUUCAUUGUGAUCUGUGGGAAUCUGUUUCUCAUCCUAUUCCACAUAUUCCUUCACAUACUUCCUCUGUUCCUAUUCCACAUACUUCGUUAGAUAAUGCAGAUUUUGUUCCAAAUUCAGUUCCUGUCUCUACUGAUCCUAUUUUUGUUCGACGAUCUACCCGUGUUAAAUGUAAACCUGGUUAUUUGCAACAAUAUCACUAUAAGCUUGCUGAUGUGUGUUUUAAAUAG